CCCCGGUGGUGGUGGGGGGGGGACAUCCGGGACGGCGUGUCCGCGACAUUAGGACAGAGUCAGAAAAAUGACAUUACCUUCAUUCGGGAGCGGAAGAAGACGAUUUAUAGAGGGAAUUGGUGGCGACAUGCAGACGGCGGCUGUUGAACCCGUUUAGACCCUGAACGUCUCGGAAGCAGAAGCAAGAACAACAAACGCGGCUUCCGCUCGUGCGCGUCAGCACGCCGCGUGCGCACCCGGAUUCUUUCCCCCGCUCAUCGUCGUCGAGAAAAAAAAAUGGUGGAACCGUUCAGCGCGUGUCUCCGUUUCCACACGGACCAGCGACAUUCCCAAACAUGGCAACCUGCACGCGGACCGUGUGGAAAGUUUUAGCCGGAUGUCAGAGGCAGCUGCUGAGGGCCGGCGGCCCCCCCCCUGCUCUGAGGAAUCCGCCCGUCAGGACGCUGGCAGCUGUCAAGGCGCUGAGGAAAGACAAGAAAGAGGACAAAGAGAAGGAGGCGAAGAAAGAAAGGACGGUCGUCGACGACAAAGACCGCCAUAAGCCCUUCGGCAAGACGGCGUGGACCCCCGUGGACGACGUGUACUUCAUGCGGUACUACCCCCGCACGCUCUACGGAGCGGCGGACGCCGUCGACCUGCUGAAGGACCUUCAGAAGCUGGACUUCACUCCCCAACGGCAGCCUGUUUACAUCGAUCUGAGGCUGGACAUGAAACUGGAGAAGAAGGGGAGUGUAGAUUUAACCGUGUUGGCCUACAUGUGGAAAAAAAGAGUGGACUCGUUCGUCAGCACGGUGCACCUCCCCCACCCCUUCAAGACGGAGAAGAACACCGUUCUAGUUUUCACUGAGGAUCCUCUUCAGGCUCAAGUCGCGAAGGACAGCGGCGCCGCGUUCGCCGGAGGAGCCGAGCUCGUUCAGUCGAUCCUGGAUGACGAGGUCUCGGCAGACUUCUACGUGGCCGUGCCCGACAUGCUGCCCAAGCUGCUGCUGCUGAAGAACAAGCUGAGGAAGAAGUUCCCCAAGAGCAAGAGAGGCUCCGUCGGCGUCCACAUUCCCAAGAUGGUGUCGUUGUUCCAGACGGGUCACGAGGUGACGGUGGAGGACGAGCGCUACGUGAGGACGCAGAUCGGGCUGCUCGACAUGCCCACAGAAGAGCUGCUCUCCAACCUGCAGACGGUGCUGCUGGACGUCUGCUCCCACCGACCGGCGGGUACGGGACCUCUCAUCGAGCGGGCGAUCAUCGCCAGUCAAACCAGUGAAGCUCUGUGGUUCAAGAGCGAAGACCUUUUACCGAAACCAGCAGAGCAGAAGGACGUCUGACUCGUCCUCGGAUUGUAAAUGUAUAUAAAUAUAUAUAUAUAUAUAUGUAUAUGUAUAUGUAUGUGUGUUCCCUGUGUUGAAUAAAGUGUUUCUUCUGA